AGAAACUUUAGAAACUUCUACGGCGCGUUUGACACUCUCGGAUUUUCACUAAAUUGUUUCGUUUAAAAUAUGGUGUUAAAUAGUGGAUAAUUCGGUUCAUUUUAGUGUUAAGCUGCAUCGGAAAGUUCCGGUGAAUCAUUUUCCACAGUCGUCAAGAAGCUGAACGACCCAUAUCGUUGUUAAAAAGGCAGUGAAAAGAUUCCGAGAGGUUCAUUUUGUGGCUUUGGCAGAAGGCGUGCAAAAAAUAAAACGUUCAUAGAGCCAGGCUUGACUAGGAAGGAAGCAGCAAAGGCAAACAACUCGAUUGUUUCGUGUGAAAAUUCCUGGAAAGGAUCUACGAUUUGAAACAUCCUUACACCUCAAAAUCGGAAGUGAUUUAUUUUAUUCCGCUAAAAAAAUUUACUGAAGCGGCCCAUUGAAAUGGAUCAUCCGACAGCGGAAGCUGUUUUGCAGGGAGUCUAUACUUUGUAUAAUAAUCCGAACAAACAGGAGAAAGAAAAGGCGUCGAAGUGGUUGGAGGAAUUUCAAAAAUCGAUACAUUCUUGGGAAAUCGCCGAUCAGUUGUUGCAGCAGAAACAUGAUCUCAACUCCUGCAUAUUUGCGUCGCAAACCAUGCGGAAUAAGAUACAGAAUUCAUUUCACGAACUGCCAGAAUCCGCCCACGAUUCACUGCGACAGAGCUUGCUGGAACACAUUAGCCACAUAACCCUCGAAACGAAACCGGUCAUCGUAACGCAGCUUUCGCUGGCUUUGGCCGAUCUAGCGCUACUGAUGUCUUCUUGGCACAAACCGGUCGUCACCCUACUGGAAAGAUUUUCUAACAAUCCACACAUGAUGAAUGCCGUCAUUGAGCUGUUAACCCUUAUCCCGGAAGAAAUCAACUCACGCUACCUACGCCUAGGGGCCAAUCGAAGGAAAGACGUUUUGACAGAACUUGAGACCGAUUCUAAUCUGGUUUGCGAUUACCUGUUGCUGUGCUUGAUGAACUGCAACGAAAACGAAAUUUUGCAGACGAAGAUUUUGAAGUGUUUUACUUCCUGGGUCCAAAUAAAUGCAUUUAAAUUGACCCAAAUCGACGAUAAUAUGAUAGUGGCGUACUCGUUCCAAAUUCUAGCUAACGUCAAUACAAAGCCGGAGAUUCAUGAUGCUGCAACGGAUUGCUUAUGUGCACUUUUGAACUGUCUGGAAAUGAACAACAACAGCAAUGGCUUGGAUGUCAAGCUGUUCACUGGAGUACUCUCGUUAGAAGAAGCAUAUAACAUGUCUGUGGCUCAGGAGGAUCUUGACAAGUCGAUGAAUCUGUGCCGAUUGUUUACCGUGCUAGUGGAAAGUAAUCUUGUGCGCAUGGUGGCUGCAUCGGAAGGCACAACGCCUCAUUAUUCAAUAAAAAGCCUUGAUCUGGUGCUGGUCUGCGUUGCACACUAUGAUUUCGAAGUUGCUGAAAUUACCUUCAAUAUGUGGUACAGAUUGAGCGAGGAUCUGUACCAACGCAACAACGAAGCUCUUACAGCUCACUUCAAACCGUACGUAGAGCGAUUGAUCGCCGCUCUCUACAAACACUGUCAAAUGGAAGCUGAUCACGAAGGACUUAUAGAGGAAGGAGAUUCUUUCAAGGAUUUCCGCUUCAAAGUUUCGGAGAUAAUUAAGGAUGUGAUAUUUAUUGUCAGUUCGAUAAGUUGCUUCAAGCAAAUGUUUCUGAUUCUACAGAGCCCAAAUGUUACUUGGGAAUCGAGCGAAGCUGCGCUGUUCAUCAUGGAAAAUGUUGGCCGUAAUAUUUUACCAGAGAUUAUGCAAUUGGGAGAGCGUGACAUACCAGCAUCCAGAUUCAACCAACUCUGUGAGGAAAGCGAGGUGGUACCGAAAGUAGUAGAAGCAAUCCUGAACCUGCCAGAUAACUGUCACAUUGCCAUCCGUUAUACGUCGAUUAACAUCUUGGGGGAGCUCUGCGAUUGGAUCGAUUCCAAUUCGGAAACUUUAGAGCCGAUUCUAAAUUUUUUAUUAUGUGCUCUUCAGCAGAAAAACGGAUUAGCAACUGCUGCGGCUAAUGCGUUGCAAUCAAUUUGUGCCGCGUGCCAGAAACACAUGUUGGGUCAUAUAUCUGGUCUGAUGGAAAUUGCACGCUGUUUGGACGGGUUUGAAAUUCAAAUGGAAUCAGCCAUUGGUCUACUCAAAGGUAUAUCUAUUAUUAUCGGAAGGCUCCCGGCUGAGCAGUUGACCCCAGCUAUGCAGGAGCUGUGUAACUUCCAGGUACAACCACUUAGUCAGCUAAUAAGCGGCGAAGAUGAUGGGUUAGUUCUUAAGAAAGAACGACACGAUCCAACGUUCUGGGUUGAUCGCUUGGCAUCCAUCUAUCGCCACGUGAAUCCAACGGUGCCAGCAAAUGAAGUGAAUCCUUGUGUGUUCGUUAUUGUGACCAAUUGGUCUGUUCUCUCGCAAGCGAUGGAACGGUACAAAAAUGACUCUAAAGUAAUGGAACGCAUUGUUCGCUGCAUCAGAUACGCAAUUCGUUGCAUUGGGCAACAGGCAAUACCGAUUUUGGAAACAUUGGUCAAACAGAUUAUAACUAUUUACUCAGGUCAUAAUCACAGCUGUCUGCUGUACCUAGGAAGUAUUCUUGUUGAUGAGUUUGCAUGCGAAGCUAGUUGUAUACAAGGAUUGUUAAACAUGCUUCAAGCUUUCAUUGAACCAACUUUCCAAGUUCUGCAAGUCGAAAACGGACUAAAGAAUAAUCCCGACAUGGUGGACGACUUUUUCCGAUUAGUUGCACGAUUCAUUCAACGUUCACCAUUUCAACUGCUGCAAAGUCCAUUGGUGGCACCGAUCAUCCAGUGUGGACUUUUGGCCUGCACACUGGAUCAUCGGGAUGCGAAUCUAUCAGUGAUGAGAUUUUUCUGUAGUCUGCUGGGUUAUGGACGACAUGAUCGUGCCAAUGAGCUCCGGACGAUUGUUCAUGGCAUAUUGCUACAACAUGGUGAAUCACUCAUCAUGAACCUACUGUAUGCGUCCGUUUUCUGCCUCCACUCAUAUAUGCUGCCUGACGUGGCUGAUGUGUUUGUUGAAAUGAAGCACUUGAACCCACAACAAUUGGAGGGUUACAUACGGAAAGCAGUCGAUGCACUUCCUAAAAAGAACAGUGGCGGUAGCAUAACGGUCACUAACGAACAGAUGAUAGAGUUCGUCGAUAACAUUAUCAAGUCUGAAACUUCACGAGCGGCUACGCAAGCUCUACAAGAAUUUGCACGACUAUACCGAUAAGAUUGAAAAGACGAUACAGUCUUUCAUUGAUUCUGAGGCGUUUUCCUUUGUGUAGUAUGAUUCUGGACGGAAUGCGCGUGUAUGAGAUAAUCUAUUUUAUCGUGUACAUAUAUUUUUUUUUCUUUCCUAUAUCUACUGAUACAAUAGAAAUUGUAUUUCUUCCUAACGUAGGCGAUUAUUUUAGUAAAAGUAAUACCUAAAUAGAUGGAUUCGUUAGAAUAUUUAGCAAUUGAUGCAAGUAGGAAUAUAAUGAAGAGUGCAGUACGAGAGUUCAUAGGAAAUGUCUUAAAUAUUGAAAAUGACUAUUACAAUUGACUAUGAUUGUACCACAAAAACAAUGAAUAAACAUUAAAAAAAAUGUGACGA